AUGGCUGUACAACCGAACUUUUCUCAAAUUUGUCUAACUGAUACCCAACAAAGAGUUCAUGGAACUGAAUUGGAGUACAUGCUACAAAGAUAUGUUUACCCGUGCUUGGCCGUCAUUGGAAUAUUUGGUAACUUUCUAAACUUGACUGUUUUAUUAAACAGAAACAUGAGAAGUCGGGCUAACAGCUUCUUGUCUGUGCUAGCAUUUGCGGACAUCAUCUUCCUCUCCUUGCUGUUUCCAAAUAUAUUGGCUAAUUAUGAAUUUUUUACUUUCAAUUAUUAUUUUCGAUGGUUUUACUUUAAUACGAAAGUUCAUUUGCUAUCAUUAGCCAAUUGGUGUUCAGCUGUAGCCAUCUGGUGUGUAAUCGCCGUUUGUGCUGAUCGACUUGUAGGCAUUCGAAGUCCAUUAUAUACUCGUUCAACAUGGUCAAAAUGGAAAUUGCCAGCACUCAUAACAACGAUUGUUGUUGUUUCGGGCUGUGCAACGUUCUACCAGCAUUUUGAGUAUGACUGUCCUCUAAGAUCUUAUUGUCAACAUGCGCAAUUGUACUCAAGAUGUUUACCUGUAACCAGCGAAGCUUGGUUCGGUAAUCGAGAAAAUCCGUAUUCACACGAAUUUCGCAAAUUAAUUUCGUUAUCGGUCCUGAUUUAUGUGUUCUUAAUGAUCAUAUUUCCUAUUGUCUUACUAACUAUUCUUAAUCUGAUGCUUUUAUGUGCUCUAAGGAAACGUCAGAAGCAUUUACAGCUAUUGAAUGAAGCAGAAAAUUCAAGAAGAGCAAAUGAAAAUCAACUGCUACAAAAAACAGAGCAUCGUGUGACGUUGACUGUCACAUUCAUUGUCACCAUGUUCACCUUAACCAACGGACCAUCAGCGUUGAUACAUUUGAUCAGAACAACAUAUCAUCUACAACAGCAUGAGUUAUAUGAUUUAACUAUGAUAUGCAGCACUUUGGUCAUAUGUGGCAAAGCUUCAAAUUUCAUUUUGUUCUGUCUCGGAUCAAAACACUUCCGGUUGCGACUAAUGAAGUUGACUCAGAAAAAAAUGAACAAGAAAAUUGAUACGUUAACGACACAUCUUCUGCCUUCGUCUGUGAGCCGAGCUGUUAUGUCUCAUAGGCAAAGUGUGCCAUCUCAGAAGAGUAGUUUGACAGGCACAUCAGCCAGUAUCGUGACAACAGCACGUGCACGACAUUCCAGUACUGAUCAGACAAAACCAUUCCUACUUCGUCUCGAUAACGAUUUCUAA